AUGUCCUCCAUUCAGCAGCUCAGCUUUUACCAAAACACCCCAAGAGAUAUCGAAGCUAAUUCUCGAAGUUAUGAUCAAUUGAACGAGUACACUCCAAAGAGAUUACCUGCUCUUGGUGACGAACCAAGAUACACCACUCCAGCUAUGAUUCCUAAUUAUACUUAUGUGGAUACCACCAAAGCUUCUCCUUACAGUUCUGACUCUGAAUCGCCAGUCAAAAGAUCCAUGUCUGCUGUCCCAGUUACCCCAGUUUCUGUUAAGUUACCAUCGUUCAAAUCUUUGAUGCUCUCGAUAAAUGGGAAAGAAAAUCAGCCUACUUUAUCCUUUGAAACCCCAUUCAUGAACUCUUUGAGCUUGGAAAACUCAAACUUUAAAGCUUUGCAAAAUGUUAGUGCUAGUGCUCAUUCAUCGCCAUCAAUUAGAGAUAAUGAAAGCUCAACCUUCUUGGGAAUUUAUAACUAUGCAAAGGUUCAAUUUGAAGAUCCAUACGGCAAUGACAAUGCUGCUAGUCCUUCGAACUUUAUGAGAGGGGAGUCUCAAUCUCAACAACAAUCUCCAUUACAAUUACAACAAGAAAGAUUUGGUUCAUUCACCCUUCCUCAGCCACAGUUCACUUUCCAAGCACAAUCCAUGAGCCAGCCUUUGAAUGGUUUGCAACAAUUGGCCCAAGUGGUUAGCAGAAAUAGUGAACUCAUCCAAGUAAAACCUGCUCCUUCUAUUCCAUCCAUGAAUACCAACUCUUCCAGUAGCUCUACAGAAAAAAGAUUCAAGUGCAAGAUUUGUUCAAGAGGAUUCAAUACUGCUGGUAAUCUUUCCAGACACAAGAAGGUGCAUACUGGCGAAAAGAAGUACAAAUGUCAGUACCCAGGUUGUGAAUCCAAAUUUGCUAGAAGUGAUAGUUGUAUGCAACAUUACAGAACCCAUGCUAAUGAAAAUGGUUACACUUCAAGAAGAUUCAAGAGAUUGAGAACUGAAACUGGUGAUGAUGAUGAUGAAGAACAAGAAGGAGAAGGAGAAGAGCGUGAACACAAGAGAAUGAAUGUCAGCACCUUGAUGUCUUAA